AUGCUUAACUUAACACACACAAGUGAGUUGAUGUUCAAAGGCAAAGAGUAUGAAGCUUUGAGUAUUGUGAGGAAAGCCCAAGAGGAUGCGGAGGAAUGGAGGAGAAGAGAGAAGGUUAAACUGGGUGUGGUAGAAAAGAGAGGGGAGCAUAAUGUUCAUAACACUCAGCAGAUAGAAAUAAUAGCGGUGUGGGGUGGAUCUGCAGAGGUGAAAAAGGACAUAUGCUAUGGGCUUGGAAUCGAGCAUAAGAACAGAAGCAGAGGCUCUCCAAUGGGCAGUGGAAUCAAUGGCGAGAUUUCAAUGGUGAACGGAACAGAGGAGGUAUGGCCAAAGCUACUACCAGUAAUGGACAAGAUUCCCCAAGCUCUGUUACAAAUUCCGCAUGCAGAAGUGAGGUUCUUUCCAAGAGGAGGUAAUAAGGUUGCUUAUAGGAUAGCAAAGGAGACUAUCACAUUUGUGCCUAAUGUCCCCAAGUUAUAUUCUGUAGUGCCAAAGUGGUUAAAAUUUCAAGUAGAGUCUGAUAGAAUGUUGUAUGGAGAACAACCCACAAAGAAGAGCGACUCCUCCUCCUAUAGCUCUAAAACGAUUCCGCCGGCGCCUCCUUCGCUUCAGUCGCUUUCCUUCUUCAAGGAUAUAUACUAUCGGAAAGCCAAAGAAGAAGGUUGGCGUGCCAGAAGUGCCUUUAAGCUUCUUCAGAUUGAUGAGGAGUUCAACAUUUUUCAAGGAGUGAAGAGGGUUGUAGAUUUAUGUGCUGCCCCUGGUAGCUGGAGUCAGGUUCUGAGUCGUCAACUGUAUCUUCCUGCAAAGUAUUCAGCUGAGUCAAAAGAAGAGGAUCUUCCUCUUAUUGUGGCCAUAGAUUUGCAGCCUAUGGCUCCAAUCGAAGGUGUAAUCCAAGUUCAAGGGGACAUAACUAAUGCUCGGACUGCCGAAGUGGUCAUUAGACAUUUUGACGGUUGCAAGGCUGACCUGGUUGUGUGUGAUGGUGCUCCAGAUGUUACCGGUUUGCAUGACAUGGAUGAAUUUGUCCAGUCCCAACUCAUACUAGCGGGCUUAACGAUUGUAACCCAUAUUCUUAAAGAAGGUGGAAAGUUCAUUGCAAAGAUAUUCCGUGGAAAAGAUACAAGUCUCUUGUACUGUCAGCUGAAGUUGUUUUUCCCAACUGUGACUUUUGCGAAACCUAAAAGCAGCCGCAAUUCUAGUAUAGAAGCUUUUGCUGUCUGCGAAAAUUACUCCCCACCAGAAGGAUUUAACCCGAGAGAUCUGCAUCUUCUCUUGGAGAAAGUCGGAAGCCCUUCAGGUGGAAGCGAUCUCGAUUGCAGUAGUGGUUGGCUCGAAGGACCCAACAAAGUUUAUAUUCCAUUCUUGGCAUGUGGUGACUUAAGCGGUUAUGACUCGGACCGGUCUUACCCACUCCCAAAAGAGGCAGAUGGAUCGUCAUACCGAAGCCUGGACCCGAUUCAGCCUCCGAUCGCACCGCCUUAUAAACGAGCUAUUGAGCUCAAGAAAGCUUCAGCACAAAGCUUCAACUCUUAAAGCUAGGCUAGGUAACAAUAAUAAUGCAAAACAAAGACAAAGAAAGAAGUUUUUCAUUCGAUUCUUAAAAGGCUGUAGUACAAUUUCUGAAACGCUUUUCAACAUUGACCCAAAAGGUUUGCCUCAUUCCUUUGAAUGUUUGUACUUUUUAGUUGAGAACUGGUUCUCUUUGUUCGCAUAUGUUUUUUCUCUUUGCAGUCAUCUUAUUAUCCUGUUUUCAUUAUAA